ACUGCAGACACAGUACAGGAGAUGACCAGAGACUGCAGACACAGUACAGGAGAUGACCAGAGACUGCGGACACAGUACAGGAGAUGACCAGAGACUGCGGACACAGUACAGGAGAUGACCAGAGACUGCGGACACAGUACAGGAGAUGACCGAAGACUACGGACACAGUACAGGAGAUGGUCAGAGACUGCGGACACAGUACAGGAGAUGACCAGAGACUGCGGACACAGUACAGGAGAUGACCAGAGACUGCGGACACAGUACAGGAGAUGACCGGAGACUGCGGACACAGUACAGGAGAUGACCGGAGACUGCGGACACAGUACAGGAGAUGAUCGGAGACUGCGGACA